ACUAUCACGCUGCAAUCGACACGACAAAAAUAGCGUCAAAGUUUCCUCAUCCCCACUCUUAGAAAGGUACUCUCUUGUUCAACUAGACGAGCUCAUCGACAUGUCGUUCGCUUCUUUAGCUUUUGUGCUUUUCGUUGCCUCAGCUAGUGCAACCCCUUUGGGACAAGAGAGAUGUUCAUGGGGACCAUCUUACUGGUGUGCAAAGUACAAACAAGCUGUAGAAUGCAAUGCAUUGGAACAUUGUCGCGCUAAAGUUUGGUCUGUAAAAGAUGAGGUAGCUUGUGAUGUUUGUAAAGAACUUGACCCUUUGAUCAGAGCAUACCUGGAGAAAAAUGCAACUCAAACAGAGCUUGUUACUCUGGUAGAGGAAGCUUGUGAGAAGUUUGCUGGACCUUAUGCAGAAGUGUGCAAAUCCUUAGUUGAUCAGUAUGAACCACUGCUUAUGAAUACCAUUUUGGAGUACUUGGCUGAUCCUCAGCAAGCCUGUACAACUUUGGGAUUAUGUUCAAGUGAGGUGAAGCAAGUCGACGCCAAGCUCAUCUUCAAGCCUUUGAAGAAACAGAUGAUAAAACUCGUGAAGCCUCUUGCUCUUGCUGCCAAGCACAAGCCAGUUGUUGUCAAAUCCAAACCAGUCAAGGCCUCUGUGGAGUGUAUUUUGUGCGAGUUUAUCAUGGACAAACUUGAUUCUAUCCUCAAGCAGAAUGCCACUCGGGAAGAAAUUGAGGAGGCUUUGGACAAAGUUUGCAGCUAUUUACCAUCUUCAAUCUCUAGUGAAUGUACCCAGUUUAUCAAUCAGUAUGGUGAUGCAAUCUUGCAAAUCCUUGCACAAGAACUUGACCCAAAAGAAGUUUGCACAGCGCUUCAACUUUGCACAAGUCAGGCAAAAGCCAUGGAGAAGCCAAAGAUUCAUCUUCCAAAGAGUAAUGAGACUUGUGAAAUCUGUGACACUGUCAUGACUUACUUGAAGAUGUUACUGGCAGACAAUGAAACUCAGCAAGAGAUUUUAAAUGUAUUGAAACAACUUUGCAGCUAUCUGCCAGAGCAGCUCUCUUCUGAGUGCACUGCCAUUGUGACUGAGUACGGACCAGCCAUUCUGAAUCUGAUUGCAGAAAGUGAUCCAGAAACCCUAUGUGAGGAAAUUGGACUGUGCUCUGCCUUUAAAAAGGUGACAUUGAAAAAGGAGGGCAAAUUCUGUUUCCUUGGUGCCUCAUACUGGUGUGAAAACAAGUUUAAUGCAAUCCAAUGCAAUGCUUUGAAACAUUGCACAGACCAUGUGUGGAACUGAAGGCGAAACACACCCCCAAGAGAGAGCCUUUUGCUUGACUAUAGUACUAAUGAUUAAAAAUUAAAAGUAGCUUGUUGUAUGCCUUACACUUCUAAGAUCAGACUGGGAGCUACUUGCUUUAGCCAUUUGAUAAACUGUUGGUGUGAUAAACUGCUGUUGCAGUGCUUACCCUCAAUAACAAAGAUAUCCAAUAACAGUUAGGGAGUUAUCUUCAGUUGAGAACAACACUCAGAAAUAAGAAUUCCACUUCAUUUUUUUAUGGUAAUAUUUUGCUUUUAAUGGUAAGGUCAGCACUUCUAAAAUUAGAUUAAAUGAAAACACCAUGUAGCUCAUUUAUUUGCCCAAAAUAAAAUGACAAUGCUUUU